UUUAGUUCUGAAAUUAUAUUCAGAAGAGGGCCGGAGAUCUUGUCCUGCUGCUUGCUAUUUUUGUGUAAUUCCCAUUUGUCUACACAUUGUAGGUCCUGCUCCCGCGGAAUGAUGGCUCUCUUAUGUUGCAGCAUAAAAUCCCUGAGAAUUAUCAAAAUCGGGCAAUGUUGGUGGCAUCUGAGUGGCGAAUAUUCUUCUAUCCAUUGAUCGCCCUCAACUGGCACUUUCCAACGUACAUGUGCAGCUGCAUAACGAUGGGAGACAGUAGAGUUCGGGAGGGAAAUCGGCCGGAAAAAGUGCUUUUCACCAUACCAUCUGCAAAAGAAAUCGCCAGGUUAGAGCAUGGAAAAUCGAAGGUUAAGUCCUACUUCAGAAGCCACUUUGGGAACCGUCUUUCAGCUUCACAGUCCAGGGGCCAAGGACCCUCAACUGAGCAGACCAGCUCAAGAACAGUCCCUCCCUCAACAGAAAAUCUGCCCAGUUCCAAAGCAGCAUCUGCUGAAGCCAAUACUACAGUCACAGGCUCUACCGGCUCAACGCCACAUGGCAAUAUUGAAGUCAAUGGCAGGACUGUCAGCGCGUCUGUUGAUGGUGACCCCAAGGUCAACAGUUCAUCUGCAUCUGUAGGUAUGGAUCCAAGUACCUGCGGCAUGCGCGGUGAGGCAGGCAUGGCAGGUGGCAACAUCGGCCGUGGUGCCAAAAGGAAAAUAGGGUCCGCCUUUGCCGACAAGUUCUCCGCGUUGAGGGACGAGUCCGACUAUGAGGAACCAAUGGCCAAGAGACCUGCUGUAUCCACUGCAGUAGUUGCCGCACCCAUCACGACAGCUGCUAAGGCACCGUCUGGAACGAACACCAUUAUAGUCAACACAAGACAGCGAGGCAAUCCCAUUCUCAAGCACAUCCGGAAUGUGCCCUGGGAGUAUGGUGACAUUGUCCCUGACUACGUCAUGGGCAGAACUGCCUGUACGCUCUUUUUGAGCCUGAGGUAUCACCAUCUCAACCCAAACUACAUCCAUGACAGACUGAAGGACCUGGGUCAUCAUUAUGAACUGCGGGUGCUGUUGGUACAGGUCGAUGUGAAAGAUCCCCACCAUUCAGUGAAGGAACUGGCUCGCAUGGCCUUAAUGGCAGACUGCACUCUCAUUCUAGCGUGGAGUGCUGAGGAGGCAGGCAGAUACUUGGAAACUUACAAGUCCUAUGAGAACAAAUCGGCAGAUGCCCUAAAGGAGAAGAUUGAAACUGAUUAUCUGUCCAAGGUGACAGAUGUCCUCGGCACAGUAAAGUCGGUCAACAAGACGGACGCCGUCACACUGAUUUCAACGUUUGGGACGUUUGACAAGAUCCUUGCAGCAUCAAAGGAAGAUCUCUAUCUGUGCCCUGGGUUUGGACCUCAGAAAGCUCAGAGAUUGUAUGAUGUGCUGCAUGAGCCCUUCUUGAAGACAGCCAAAGAUACAUGGAAGACUGCAGCCGUGGAGACCACAGCGGAGGCAUCAGCAGAAGACAGCAUGCCAACAACAUCAAAACCAGGUUGACGAUGGAAACCAGCUGAUUGUAAAUAAAGUUAUGCCCCUUGAAGUAUAUUGUACAGUUUUCACCACAAACAGUUCAUUUGAGACCAAGGUAGGCUUCUCACCAUGAAAUAAACCAUGCGUGGGGGUGGGGCAUCUUCUCAUCAGUAUGGGGGUACUUUGACAUCAAAGUCUGUUGGGCCCUUGCUGCCCUUCAUAAUGACUUUUGACAAUACAAAGCAAAAAAGAUCAACUGUCAUGAUGUUCUUCCAUUUUAUUUGUCUGGAUGAAAAUUUACAAACGAACGGUCGGGUUUUCCUUUCAAGCAAUUUGAAUUUAUUGUCCUACACAGUUUUUGCAGAAUCAAUUUCAGUAAUUUCCUCAUGGAUAUCUAACUUUAAUAUGGAAUUUGGUUUUAUUAAAAAACUUUCACAGUGAAACUGGCAAAUA